AGGAAGCCAGGUAAGAUGGCGCCGUCCGCGUUGCUGCGCCCAUUCCGGAAGCUGCUGGCCCCGGCUAGGUUCCCGAUUGUCUCUUCAUCGCGGUCAAAGUUCUACAUCCGGGAACCGCUGCAUGGCAGCCCUAACUGGCCGAAGGUUGGAUUGACCUUGGGCACCUCCGUGUUUUUGUGGAUCUAUCUCAUCAAACAACAUAAUGAAGAUGUUUUAGAGUAUAAAAGAAGAAAUGGGUUGGAAUAAACUUUUGAAAUACUAAAAUAGUAUGUUCCAUAUAGUGAUUAUAGCAGUUCCUCUGGAUUCACGAAAUCUGUUGAGUUGUAAACGUGAGAGAAGGAAUUACGUGUGAAUAUAUGUCAAGUCAGCAUUUGUGUUUUACAUGUUUAAAUUAAAAAAUACUUCUGUAUUAUUCAGAUUAUGUAUAUUGUGACAAUGUAUAGAAUAUCAAUUCUAAGAAAAAUUAUUAAAUGUAUUUUAAUGU